AGUCAAAUCGCCGCCAAAGAGAAGGAGAGAGAAGAGGCAAAGCUGGAGAAGAAAGCCUACGCCAAGAGUAUGGAAGAGGCUAUGAGGAAGCUGGAUGAGGAAAUUAAUGCAGAGAAGAAGAAACUAAUGGAUGAAUUCACAAUCUGGAAAGCAAACGUCUUUUUGCCUGAAAUAGAGGAGAAAGCGAUUUGUGCGAAUCGGGCAGAAAGGGAGAAACGCAUGAUAGCAGACAACGUGACAGUUAGGAUCUCGGGCAUUCUCGAGGAUCCAGUCAAUGGCGUUGCCAAGUCACAGGGAGGGGAGCUUUGGGUUAAGUUUAUCGCAGGGGGUUAA